CGCAUCAAUCCUGAGCUUUGUUUACUAAAUAGCUAAAUACAAGCAGUUUCACAAGUUUCAUAGCACGCAGCAGAUUGUGAAAAAUACUUUGGAUAAUACAAUAACGCAAAAUGAUAAAGUGCCCUAAACUGACCAAAGUUCCAGGAAAUACCACUUACGGCAAUGAAAAGGAGAAGCAAGGUUUCGUCGAAAAUAUCGCUAAGCUCAGCAAAAUGGAGUUGCUGGAUCUUAAAGAACGCCAGGAAUUACUGUUACGAAACAAGAGUCGAAUAUCGAAACUUCCCGACAAAGGUGCUAAAAUUCGGAAUUUUUACGACAAAAUAAUAAAGCAAUUGAAAGAGUACGAAGAUAUUGACCGAGCUGCUGACAUGUUCUCGGAGCUGAACAUUGCCACCGUAGGCAAGAAAAAAAUUGAGCAACUGGAAUGGAUUGGAAAAUAUAAUAACAAUAAAGGCAACGAGUCUUUAAUAGAUAGUGAUGAUGACUUCGAUGACCAGAAUGUAGACCCUUUAAAAAUACUGGCACAGAGUACUCAUAGGGAGAAGAAAAUUGUGAUUGCUAAGCCUGAUCCCACUUUACUUACGGAACAAGAUCUAAAGGAUAUUGAAGAAAUGAAACAGGAAUCCGGUUCAGCAGAUUUAGUUGAACUGAAUUUUGAUGCAAGUACGAGCAAAUACAGAAAUAUGCAUAAAAAGGUCAAUAAAAGCAACCUAACAACUGAUAACGAAAAUAUUGAUCUUUUUGACAAACACUCCGAGUACAUUUGUCAUAAGGAAUCUUUAAAAAUCACAAAGAAAAAAUUUCUACCCUUUAAAACGACAAAAUCCAACGUUCAUGACCCAGAAAAAGAGAAACUUCGUCAUUCACAGCAUCUAAAAACCUGGGAAAAUUCAUCCGCCACACCACCAUCCAUUUUGCAUUCUCCAGCCAAAUUACUGAGCCUUGAAGAUGCAAUACGUAUUCAAGCUGAGAAAAAUAAGCAACUCGAGCAAGCUAAGGCUUCUUAUGCAGAAGAAAGGCUGAAACGACACGAAGAAAUCCGUGCUCAGGUACAGGACACAAUACGGAACGACGUUAUGCGAGGCUCGGCAGCAUUCACUACCUACCGAGAUUUGUCUGAAAGUGAGGAAGAGGAGAUCACUGCUGCUGGUAGCAGUGAAGAUGGUGAAGAAAGUGAUUUAGAAAACCACGAUUUCUGAUAAAGGCAUCGAUUAUUCCAAGUUCCUUCAUAUUUUUCCAUGUGAUUGAUUAAUAUCCACAAAAUAAACUAAUUUUUAUUUAUUA